GCUUACGUGCUGCGCGUUCACGUGUGCACGUCGCCUCCGCAGCUCACAGGUGAGUUCAUUUAAAAGUUAAUGAGCCUCCCUCGCUGUCUGACCAGAGAAAGCAGGUAACCUGGUAGGAGAAAGAAAGUCACUGUGACCCGCCGGCGUCAAGUGUAAAAUAAAAUAAAAUACUCAAUGAGUGAUACAGAACAGCAAAAAGAGGCUGAAAACGUGCCUCAGUGGCCUGAGAAUGGAGAGGACUGGAGUGAUGGAGAGGAUGCCACCAAUAUGGACUGUGGGCUUCUGCAGGCCAUGGCUGAGGAAGAUGAGGAGAUAAACGUCCACAACGACGAGACGUUUGGAAUGGAUCUAGAUGCACAAGGGACCGCUGAGGACCCGAGCAGCGGUCUCCUUCAGUUUGGUGAACCGCAGCCUCCAACACCAACUCCACCACCAACACCUCCACCUGACCCCAAGCCAUCACCCCGCCACAGCUCCUGCUCCCCUCCCAGACAGAGGCCACAGUAUGUGCCCCGGGCUCCCCCAGGGCAGCGUGGCAGAGUCAGGGGGCAGAGAGGAGCGCUGGGCAGGGGCCAGAUGUUUGAAGACCCAGCUGUGAUGAGGAUGGUGGAGGGGCGGCCAAGCCUCAAGACUCUUGACAGUGCCAUAGUGGACCUUGGGAAUGCCAUGUACCAGAAGACCUUAGAGGAUGAUUACAUGUCACCCUCCUGCAGAAAGACUAGAAGAAUCUCAGGAUCAAUACUUCAGGACAGUGCUGUAGUGUGUGUGAUUGAUGGUCGCAGAGGUCAACCCCUGACCUCCAACUUCCUGGAUUUUCCAUAUCCUGUCUCUUCCUUCAGGGGCAGGAGAGGGGAGCCCAGAGGCUUGUACGCCAGAAGACAGUUUGGCCAAAGAAGCCCAACUCAGAUUCAUGCAUCCAUGGCUCCAGGAUCACCCAUCUUCUCACGUCAACCGUUAACCCCACGGCAACACUAUCAGAUAGGGGGCUUCAUGUUUCCUACAAACCGGCCUUGCCCCUCCACUCCUCAGUCUCUGACUCCUAAGAUGAUGCAGCUUCGCUUUGGUGCCAACUCACCAAGGCCGUCCCCCUUUUACAGCCCCUCGUCUAAUCCCAUGCAGCAUUUCAGGUACCCCGGGCCCGUCACCCAGCUCCACCCCCAACAUAAACGACUUCUUAGUCAAAAACAACGCAUAUUCCAAAGAAAAUCGGAGGACUGGGAUCCUUACUGUAAUCUCAUGACGGCCAAAGAGAAGGAGUGGAUCACAAGGCUGCAGAUGAUUCAGUUGCAAAGUGAGAAUCCAUACCAUGAGGACUACUAUUACCAGGAGUACUAUCGGCGGAUAGAAGCGAAGAUAGCAGAGGAAGAGCUGGGCAUCAGGAGCAAGAGGGAGCCACCCAAGCUCACCACGCCUUACAUCACAAAAACUGAAGUCUACGCACCAGUGGUGCACAUUGAAGGCUCUCUGGGUCAAGUUGCUGUGUCCACGUGUUACUCUCCUCGGCGGGCCAUCAGUGCAGUUCAUGCAGUCCAAGCUCACGGUCCACUUGAGGAACAAAAAGAUAUCAGACGACAGCGGUUAGAGGUCUUCAGCAAAAUAGAAAAGUUGUUCGGUGUUCUGUUGGAGGUUGAGGAGGCGGAGAGGAUGAAAAGUAACGUUUUGUCUGAAGCAGAAGAAAGAAUAUUGAUGGAGAAAUCACAGGGGAAAGUGGAGCAUAUCUACUCCCAGCUGCAACGUCACAAUCCCCUCGAUUCAGGAGUGGAGUUUCUUCCUUUCCUGCUGGUCUCAAAAGGCAAAAAGCUACUUGCCCGUUUGCUCCCGUUUUUGAAACAUGAAACUGCACUGAAGAUCUUGAGCAUCGUGACCUCUAACCUUCCUACGCUGAUGAGCAGAGAUCCAGAAGAGGCCCUUCCAGUGCUCUACCCGACUCUUCGAAAUGUGAUUGGAGGCCUGUCGUUCAGUCAGCUAAUUGUUGUCCUCAAAAAUCUGACGACACCUGAGUCUCUAUCGACAUACGAGUCGCUCAAGCUGGCAUGUCAGAACAAGUUUGGACUGUCCCUGCUGUAUGCUCUACUGUCCCAAGGAGAGAAGCUGUUGUCCUCAGGUGUCCCAUUAGAGCCAAGCAUCGGCGACUUUGAGACUUGGACCGACACAAUAUUCCUGGUGGCGGGACAGCUGUCCCAGUGUUCACUGGUGGAGCCGCUCCUCCUGCCCUCAAACCUGCUCACUCUCUUCUGCCGUUACCUGGACAAGCGCACUGUGCAUCAGCUGAAAAGCAACAUGGAGUCUGCAACUGGAUUCGUGGCUCUUCCGUCUUAAGGUGGACGUAAGCUAAAGAGACUGACUUUCAGCUAAUGACCAGGUUUUGAUUAACACUAGUUAAAGGAGCAGAAGCACAGCCCUGACACAAGCUCCUCAGUGUUCUUCAAUAACAGAAGAAUGUAAUUUACAUAAAAGCUGUGACUCUUUUUUUCCCUUUCCCUCCUUCCCUCACAUUUUUGCACACUCAGACUGUUUCCCUUUUUUAUUUCCUUUAUCUUUUUACGUUCCUCCCUUUGGUCUCCAGAAGGUUACGUCAGUGCAAGUUAUUCUGAAAUCACAGACCUGAUGUUUUUUUGUUUUUUUGUUGUGGUUGUUUUAACCUUCCAAAACAAUUGCUGCCAUCAUUUCAUGAGAUCGCGAUAUACUGAGUUGGUAACAUUACAUUAACUAGUAGAUGGCGCUGAUUUACUUAUGUGUCUUCUGUCUUACAUUCAGGACAAGAAAAUUGAGGUAUUACUGAGAUAAAUGUGUUGGAUCGGAUAUUGGUGACCAGGUUGAGGAUUGUAUAGUAAUUUAUGAUUGUACAGCUGAACCUAUAUGUUCAUUAUUAUAAAAAUAACUAUUAGGGAAGUUGGCAUGGUCCAUCAGCAUAAGCCAUGCAAUUUUGUUUUGUUUUUGUAAAAAAGGCAUGCAUUGUGUAUACAUUUGUAGCAAUACUAAAUAUGAUGUAAUUUUUAUUUAUUAUAUUAAUUUGGGAACGGUAAUAAUUUAUAUUGCACCCUUGUAGAGCACUUG